AGCGUGGUGCACUUCCAGCGGGAGAUGCUCCGCCGGCGGGAUGAGCAGGAGCGGCGCCUGACGGCCGGGACGGCCCUGGAGCCCAAGUCGCCGGAGGAGAAAGCGCUCCUGAAGCUAAAAGUCGGCGAGGAGGAAGACGAAUUGGAGGCCGACCCGCUCCAACGCACCGGACGACCCUUCGGCGGACUCGUCCGGGAUGUCCGUCGGCGUUACCCGAAGUAUCUCAGCGAUUUCCGAGACGCUCUGGACCCUCAGUGCCUGGCGGCUGUCAUCUUCAUCUACUUUGCCGCCCUCUCGCCCGCCAUCACCUUCGGGGGGCUGCUGGGCGAGAAGACCGAGGGGCUCAUUGGGGUCUCCGAGUUGAUCAUCUCCACGGCGCUUCAGGGGGUCGUCUUCUGCCUCUUGGGGGCUCAGCCUCUCCUGGUUAUCGGCUUCUCGGGGCCCCUCCUGGUUUUCGAGGAAGCCUUCUUCAUGUUCUGCGCCUCGCACGGCCUGAAGUACCUGGUAGGCCGCGUCUGGAUCGGCUUCUGGCUCAUCCUUAUCGUACUGGCCAUGGUGGCCUUCGAGGGCAGCUUCCUGGUGCGCUUCGUCUCGCGCUUCACCCAGGAAAUCUUCGCCUUCCUCAUCUCCCUCAUCUUCAUCUACGAGACCUUCUUCAAACUCAUCAAGAUCUUCCAGGCGCACCCCUUGCACGGCUGCGGGAACGCCACCCUCGGCCUUCCGGGACACGAGAAUGGGACGAUCGGCCGCGAUGCUUCGGAAGUGACCGGUCAACCCAACACGGCCCUCCUCUCGUUGGUCUUGAUGGCCGGCACUUUCUUCAUCGCCUUCUUCUUGCGGAAGUUCAAGAACAGCCGUUUUUUCCCCGGCCGGGUCCGGCGAGUGAUUGGCGACUUCGGCGUGCCCAUCGCCAUCCUCCUCAUGGUGUUGGUGGACUCCAGCAUCCGGGACACUUACACACAGAAACUCUCCGUGCCCAGCGGCUUCUCGGUGACAUCCCCGGAGAAGCGAGGCUGGGUGAUUAACCCCCUGGGCAGUAACGGCGAACCUUUCCCGGUGUGGAUGAUGGUGGCUAGCGUCCUGCCCGCCGUCCUGGUCUUCAUCCUCAUCUUCAUGGAGACGCAGAUCACCACGCUGAUCAUCAGCAAGAAGGAGCGGAAGCUCCAGAAAGGCUCCGGCUUCCACCUGGACCUACUCCUGAUCGUCGCCAUGGGCGGCUUCUGCGCCCUCUUCGGCCUGCCGUGGCUGGCGGCGGCCACGGUGCGCUCAGUCACCCACGCCAACGCCCUGACGGUCAUGAGCAAGGCGGUGGCGCCGGGGGACAA